CAUAAAAACAACAAACACAAUCAUUACCAGAUAAAAUAAAAGUGUAACAUAUUGGUUGUGACAAACAACCUGAAUCUAGUUCUAUCGACAGUCUUGAGUUUUCUUAGAUCAAUUUAACAUAGAUCUAAAGAAACUUUAUUUUUAACGCAUUUACUUGUCACAAUGAGUAUAUGUAAACAUUGGAAUAAACUUUUAAACGAAAUUAGACAGUUAAAUCGAAUCGAACUUAAAAAUGGUCGAUCCUUAUUUCAAAAGACAAAUUAUUCAUCACAAAUCCCCGAGAGAAGAGGACCUAGUCAAGUUACAGAAAAGGAAAAGUCAUCUACACAACAGGCUGAUGGCAAUGAUAAUCGUCUGGUGGGGAGAGACUUUCUGAGCCUAAAAAAUUUCAGCAGUGAUGACAUCAAACAGCUUUUGUGGACAGCGAUUGACCUGAAGACUAGAAUAAAGGAAAAUGGAGAAGUUUUUCAACCUCUGAAAGGUAAGACAGCUGCUUUGAUAUUUCAGAAGCGGAGUACUCGUACAAGAUUAUCUACAGAACUAGGCCUGGCUAAACUUGGAGGCCAUGCUUGUUUUCUGGGUCCCGAUGAUAUACAUCUUGGCGUCAAUGAAAGUGUUAAGGACUCAGCCAGAGUUCUUGCAGGAAUGGCAGACAUUAUUCUAGCCAGAGUUUUUGGCCAUGACUUUCUGGAAAUUUUGGCAGACGAAGCCAAAGUUCCAGUCAUUAAUGGUUUAUCUGAUUUGUUGCACCCUCUCCAAAUCUUAGCAGACUUUAUGACUCUACAGGAAAACUUUGGUUAUAUCAGAGGGGUCAAAAUAGCCUGGAUUGGUGAUGGAAAUAACAUUUGUCAUUCUCUGAUGUAUGGCUGUGCCAAGCUUGGUGUAGAUUUAAAUGUUGCAACACCAGCGUCCUAUGAACCUAAUCACGCUAUUACGGUGGAGGCUAUGAAAAUAGCAGGCAAGACUGGAGCAUCUUUCAACUUUGGCAAUGAUCCUGUAGCUGCUGCGUAUAGAGCUGAUGCCAUUAUAACAGACACUUGGGUCAGCAUGGGUCAAGAAGAAGAGAAACAAAAAAGAUUAAAAGACUUCACAGGGUACCAGAUCAACAGAAAGAUGUUAAAAGAAGCAGGAGGCAACUGGGUAUUUUUGCAUUGUCUGCCCCGCAAGCAAGAAGAAGUGACAGACGAUAUAUUCUAUGGGGAAGAAUCUUUGGUCUGGCAGGAAGCAGAGAACAGAAUGUGGACAGUGAUGGCUGUGAUGUUGCAUCAGCUCCAACCCUACAGACCAACCAUCCCGAUGCCAAAGUUUGUCAGAGGGUGAUUUGCAUUCUUGGAAUCAAUGUCAUUGUUGAGAUUAGUGAAUAUACAUUUCAUGUCAAUGUUUCUUUUUCUUGAUCAAAUUUGUUCAGCAAUAUUUUUAACUACAUUCUAGUUUUUUCAAAGAACCUUAUAACCUUUGAAUGCUAAUUUUGUGAAUCUAAAUUACAAAAUAAAAUAUCCUUUUUUGUGUAAUAAUGGCGUUCCUAUUUAGGAUCUUUACACAAGUUUCUUAUAAUAGAAGUAUUGUAAUGAAUUUUUAUGCUAUUUAACUUUUCAGUUAAAAAUUUCAUUUUCAGUAUUAUGUAUGGUGCGCUAAUUUAUGACAGAUUUUGUUUUUUAAUUAUUUUUCUGGCUUUUAAGUUCUUGCUUUAUGUUGAUGUUUUUUCUUUAACGCUCUAUUGAAUGUUUUUUCUUAUUGCACUGUUACAGACGUCUUCCUUUCUCAGCAAAUAAUGUAAACAUGAAACUUUCUUGAAUUAUUGUAGACAAUAUCUUUACUAGAUAAAAUUUAAGAAAUCAAAGAAAUAUUUGUUACAAGUACUUUUUUUUUUACAAAAUGUAUUUAUCAGUUUUUGUUUUUUUUUCUUUAUAGAAAAUUUACUGAACUUAUUCCUAUAUUAUGUUUUCAACAAUUUUAGAGUUAUUGGCCUUCAAUAAGGCAUUUUUAAACUCAUCUUCUAUUUCCCUCAUUUCUACAUUCUACAGGUCACCAACACAUUCUAUAGGUCACCAACACAUUCUAUAGGUCACCAACACAUUCUAUAUGCCACCAACACAUUGUAUUGUAUAAGACCUGAUAGUCUUUAGGAGACAUACAAUUAAGAUUUGGCUUUCUUACCAUUUUAUAUCUUUUUAAAAAGCUUUUUUUUUUUUACUGAUAUUUUUGGUUUGAUUUGAAAAAGCAUUUUGUUUUCUUAUUUGGCCAGAUUUAAAGCCUUGUUGAUGUGUUCAUUUAUACACUGUUUUAAAAAUAAAAUUGCUUACAUUUA